AUAAAUUAAAUAUUGUAACGUUCUUGUCGAUUGAAAUAUGGAAUAACAUAAUUAGAAUACUUGGCCUCCAGUACUAUCAGUCGAAUUGAAAUCUAUUCUCCAGUUCAGUCGUCACUACACCAAUCAUUUUAAUUGACCAGUUCUGUUCUGGAGAGUUCGAUAAGUGUCUUCAGUUCUGUAAUUUGAGAACAAUAUUGUUAUAGGAAAUCAGCAUAAAAGAUGAGCGAGCCAAUAAAUGUGGUGGUUACGGGAGCUGCAGGGCAAAUUGCAUAUUCUUUAUUGUACCAGCUUGCUGCUGGUUCAGUUUUUGGUCCAAAUCAACCAAUAAAUCUUCGUUUAUUAGAUAUUCCUGUUAUGAUGAAAGUAUUGGAUGGAGUAGUUAUGGAAUUAGAAGACUUAGCUCUUCCACUUCUGAAAGAAGUUGUUCCUACAGCUGAUCCAAAUGUAGCCUUCAAAAACGUAGCUGCAGCCUUUCUUGUUGGAGCAAUGCCCCGAAAAGAAGGAAUGGAGAGGAAAGAUCUCCUAGCUGCUAAUGUAGAAAUUUUUAAAGUUCAAGGAGAAGCUCUAGACAAACAUGCUCGAAAAGAUGUUAAGGUCUUAGUUGUUGGCAAUCCUGCUAAUACAAAUGCCUUAAUUUGUUCUCAUUAUGCACCUUCUAUUCCAAAGCAAAAUUUUACUGCUAUGACUAGAUUGGAUCAAAAUCGUGCUCAAGCAGCUUUAGCAGCACGACUAAAUGUACAGGUUGAUAAAGUAAAAAAUGUUAUUAUCUGGGGCAAUCACAGUUCAACUCAAUAUCCUGAUGCAGCUCAUGCUACUGUAUCCCUUCAAGAUUCCACUAAGCCAGUGCUUUCAACCAUAAACAAUGAUAACUGGUUAAAUACUACUUUCGUGGAAACGAUUCAAAAACGUGGUGCAGCUGUGAUAGCUGCUAGAAAAAUGUCAUCUGCAAUGUCAGCUGCUAAAGCAGCUGGAGAUCACAUGAGAGAUUGGUGGUUGGGUACCAAACCAGGAGAAUGGGUUAGCAUGGGGGUGCUGUCUGAUGGCAGUUAUGGAAUUCCAAGAGAUGUUGUGUUCUCUUUCCCAGUUACUAUAGAAAAUGGACAAUACAAAAUUGUUCAGGGACUUCCAAUCAGUGACUUUGCUAGAUCAAAAUUAAAUAUUACAGCCAAAGAAUUAGAAGAGGAACGUGCAGAAGCAAAUAAUGUGCUACACAAAAAGUGACUAAGAUCAGUAAAGUAUGAUACUGAGAGUGACUUACUUGUUUCAGCAAAAUUAUGAAAAAUAAAAUAAAAUUUUUUAAUGAUAUGAGUUGUGAUAUGUAUUAUACUAUGGUUAUGACCCUAUGGAAUUCAUGUUUUUAAGACACAAUAUGUUAGUAGUAUAUAUUAGUGAUACAUGAUGUGGGAUCUAAUGAAAUAUCUAUACAUCUUUUCUAACUAGUACAGGAAUUGUUAAAUACAUAUGUUUAUAUUCAUAAACUGUAUAAAACAUAUAACAAAUUAUAUUGAAAAACAUGUUAUACUUUAUAACGUUUUUUUCUUUUAUUCUUUCCCCAAGAAUCAAUAAUAAUUUAUAUUACAGUAAUAGUAACUAUUCCUCAUAUCGAUAUCGUUAAUCAAUCUUUUCACAUUUAUAUUAUUUUCAUAUCUUCUUCUAGACACUAUUAUUACAAGUAUACUGAUUUCCGCCUAUAAUUAUAAUUAUUGAGUGAGCAUUAAGUAGCAUAUUGUACAAAGAUGCAGAGUGCUCAGCUUGCCAAGUCUUUAUAACAUUUUCAUCAAAAUGCUUUCAAACAUUUUAUAUCUUCUUUUUCGUGUAUUAUAUUUAGACACUCGCGCGUCUUUAUAAACAUGGUGAUGCAUUGAUAUUUAGUUAAAAGAACAAAUAUUUGAAGCUGUGAAAAUUGGUCUAGAUGCUAAAAAACAUCGUUUUCAUUGUGAUUGAUAAAAACUUAGCACUUUGCACAAGUAAAUUUUGAUUCACAUCUUAUAAGUUUUUAUAACGCUGUAUACAUAUAUGUGAGAGGCAUUCUGAUAAAGAAAAUAAAACUUUCAUUAAAGAUAA